AUGUCUGUCCUCGAAGCCCUCAAGGGCGUCCUGAAGAUGGCGCUCAUCCACGACGGGCUGGCACGAGGCCUGCGCGAAGCGAGCAAGGCGCUGGACAGGCGCCAGGCGCACAUGUGUGUGCUGAACGAGGCCUGCGAGGAGGAGGCGUACAAGAAGCUCGUUGUUGCGCUUUGCUCGGAACACAAGAUCCCGCUUAUCAAGGUGCCGGAUGGGAAGCAGCUGGGCGAGUGGGCUGGAUUGUGCCAAAUCGACCGCGAAGGCAACGCCCGCAAGGUUGUCAACUGCUCCUGCGUCGUCGUCCGCGACUGGGGUGAGGAGUCGCAGGAGCGCUCCAUCCUGCUCAACUACUUCCAGACCGAGCAGUAA